ACUCUUGCCGUUUUUAUACUCGGUAAAAGAGGUCAGAUUCGUAAGGAUCGCCGAAUCACGGCGAAUUGAUUGGGGCUGUAUGUAGUUGUCUAUUGUAUGACCAAAUACAGUCAAAAGAUCACGCCUUCAGCCAUGUCUCGUGAAAUCUGAUUAGAAUGACGAGGACAUUAUAAUCGAAUCAUAAUGGAACGGCGAUGGCAAGCUCCGCAGUUUCCAGGCAGAGGUUUCGAUGUCCGCUGCAGAUGCUGUCCCAUGAGAGAACAACAGCGACAGCGGCGCAGGAUAGUCGAGCAGUGAUUUCAAGGAAUGAACCUAAAAGGAAUCUUCAUUGGGGAAAAGAAAUGCGAAAUCCAAACUAUUCCUGUCUACAAAAGUUUUACUAUGCUCGUUAUGAAGAUUUAAUUGAUUAUUCUGAAAGCAAGUUUAAUGUGAAGCUAUGAAUGAAACCCAAACAAGUCUAGAGUGUAGGCUCGAUAAGUUUACCGAUUCCAAAUACGAAAAUAUCAAAGGUUUGGUUUUUGGGAAUAGUCGAAGAAAUUCAGAUUCGGGUUCUUUUUUGGAAAGAGACUCAAUUCUUUUCGAAAUGUCAUCUAUAAUUAUGCCUAACAUUGUAAAUGAAACUGGCAAGAAAUUAUCAGAAAAAUCAAAAGAACUAUUAAAUAAACCAGAACUAGUUUACAGUAUCAGAAAAAAUUAUAUGAACAAAAUCAACUGCUCUCAUCGGCCUUCUAAAAUUGAUCAACUUCCGGGACCAAGUGAAAUUGACAUUGUCGGAGAUUUCGGAGAGGAAGUGGAACGUGAAAUCGAUUUACUUUUCACAGGUUUUAAGAGCAAAAAACUUGUGGAAAGCUUACAUGUCUUAAAUUUAUCUAAGAUAUGCGAUGCUGAGCUAUCAAAUGGCGGUGAAGCGCUAAGGAAUGGAAAUUUAAUAUCAUAUUCUGAAGAAAACAGUCGCAAAAUGAAGGUGAAAAAUUCAACAUGUGGACAAGAGUUAACAAAAAUUAAGUCUCGAAAGUCAUCACAUGACGACCGACAGCUACCACUUGAUAAAUUUGACUAUAAAAAAUGUAAUCAACAAAAAUAUAUACUAAGUGAAACUGAAACUUAUUUGGCGGAAAUCACAAAAAAUUUAAAUAAUAUGGAUAUUCCUAACCUAAAAAACCAACGUAUCCAACCUUCGGCAGAAAACAUCCAAAUACAAAGAAGCAGACAAUACGUGGAACAUCCGAUUAAAUAUAAAAACGACCAUUCAUCUCCAAAUGUCUUAGAACAAUUUGAUGCGUACAAGGUGGCUUUUGACAUGGACUUGGAAACAUUAAAAAAUCAUUUUAAAAUGGCCAACAAAAUUGAAAUAAAGCGUCGUUACAACAGAGAUGAAAUAUGCAAAAGAUUGGCCUUUAAAGGAGAAAAUAUAUUUAAUAAUAUAAAAAGCUUAGAAUUGAAAAAGGAUGUCUGCUCUGACACUGAAAGCUAUAGCUCCGACUCUGAAACUUGCCCCAAGCUAACAAGUGGAGUUCUUCGAAGGCCAUCCAUUUUGUAUGCCACAAAAUAUAGUAAAGAUUAUACUAAUCACAAGAUGUCUCAUAACAGCAACAACAAACACAAAUCUGUUCUUACUUCAAACGAAAAUAUUAAGAAAACGCAGGAACGGCAAACCAAUGAGAAGGUUUUCUUCUUUACGAAACAAUCAAAGCUUCAAAUAGAGGUUCGUCUUGCUUUAGCUCAAUCAAGAAAAAUAGCACAAAGGAAAAUUAAGAGCCAGAAUCAUGGCGUCACGCAUAUCGUCGACAUAAUACGAACAAUGCUCCAUAAUGUUGGCUUAAAUAUGGACUCAAAUCAUCGCUGGAUAUCAAGGCAAUUACUCACAGGUGUAAAUUUAACAACGCUACAAUUAUUGGUAGAUAAUUUUCAAGCGAUUAUUGAGAAACUUAAUGUUCAUCUUUUGGAAAGCCUGAAAGAACGUGAUGAUCUGAAUUUGGCUCAAGACGCAAUAUUACAUGAUCUGGAAAAGAUCAAUAAUUUCUUAAAUAGCACUAGUGCUCCGCACAUUAAUAACUCUAGAGAUUCUGAUACACCGACGGAUUUUUAGAGAGCCUUGCAAUCAAACCUAAACGAAAAUCUGUACAGAUUUCUUGGAUAAUCCUUAUGGUACCUUAUAUAAAUAUGUUAUUAUGUAUUAUAAGUAAUUUUGUAAUCUGCAAAUACGAUCUUUUUCAUAACAACACUGUAGCUAGAGGCAAAAUCAAAGCAAGGUAUAAAUACCAAAUUGUUAAAUAGAGAACAACAUUUAAUUAAAAUUCUCGUUCGGUGCCUAAUGGUAAAAACGGGCCGGUACGAGCAUUGCGUACAUCAGUACGUUGCAUCUGACCGUGUAGGCUCCGUCUUUUACCUACAGCUCCAAUAGACCGAAAAAUGUAAUUUCCGAUUUCUACUUAGUAUACUCUUUGAAUUAUUGAGACAAUUUGACACUUAGUAACCAAGCUUGCCACCCAAAACGUACACUAUUAUUAUUAAACUAGGAUCCCCGUGCACAGUCGCUUAGCUCCUGCGCCAACAAAAACAAAAAAAUACUCUCAAUGCAAUGAGAUUUAUCAAGAAUUAACGUUUUGGUCACUGUGAGAUAGAUUUUUUCGACGACCCAAAACUUUUUUAUAUAAUA